CCAAAACCUUGAAAAACAGAAGGAAGAAGAACAAACAAUCUACUGGAUAUGUUUGCAAUCUCAGAUGGAGGCAAGAAGACCUGGAGAUUGAGGCCAGGCUGGACUAUGUAGCAAAACACUGACAAACGUCCUUUUCAGACAAAGAAUAUUAAGGGUCUCCCACCUGUAAUCGCAGCCUUCCAAGAGCUGGGAUUACAGGCAUGAACUACCAUAUCCCGUAAGGAUUUGUAAUUGAGGAAGGAGAGAGAAAUGAAAUGGAGAAAGGCUUAACAAUGAAGUGGUAUCCCCCCGAAGGAUUUCUCUGUGUAAUAGCUCUGGCUGUCCUGGAACUCUCUUGGUAGACCAGGAUAGCUCACAGUGAUCAGCCUGCCUCUGCCACCGGAGUGCUGGCAUUAAAGGAGUGCGCCACCACCGCCUGGCCAACAAUGAAGUUUUCUGCAGUGAAGAGAACCAGUAAGAACUGUGAUUCACAUAGAAUAUCAAACUUGGCCUUCAUGCAUUCUGCCCGGAAACGGCCGAGGAACAAAAAUUCCUGCCACAAAACUGACUGGAGGAAGCAGCGCGUGGUGAUGCAGGCCUUUAAUACCAGCACUCCGGAGGUAGAGGCAGGGGGAUCUCUGUGAGCUCGAGGCCAGCCCCGGUCUAUGUAGCAAGUUCUAGGACUACAUAGCUAGAGUCAAGUAGAGAGAUCCUGUCACAACAACAACAACAACAACAACAACAACAACAAAACCAAACAAAAACAAAAACAAGCAAAAAAGAGGAAUGAAGUUGUUUUCUUCUGGAAUGCCUCGCGCCUUGUUUUCUUACACUGCUCGGUCCACAAGGAAUCGUUAUUUGGUAGAGAUUUUUGCCUUUCCAGUGUGUACCACCUAGUUAAAAGAAGGUGACUAACCCGGCCAGCGGAAGGACCCAGGAGGACGGUGGGCGUGGCCUAACCAGGGGGCGGCUGGGAGGUGCGCCCCCUUCCCAGAAAGCACCGCGGCUGCAGGCGCGCGGCUCCGGUCCGGCUUCCCCGGCUUCCGUACCGCCCCGCCAUGGAUGCGCUUCGGGACAGCGCCGCGCUGCUGAGGCGCGGGCGGGGGAGGCGCCGGCGCCCGCCGCAGCUCCGCGGCGGCUCGGUCUUGGCCCUGCCCUUGCGGCCCCGCAAGCUCCGAAGGCCCCGGAGAAGUGCGGCGGCGUCCCGCGUGGCCGCGCUGAGGGCUCGCGCGCUGCCCAGCGAGGCCUCGGACGCCAAGGCGGAGCCGGCGGCGGCGGCGGCGGGCGAGCGGGAGGGGCCUGCCGAGCGGCGGGAGACCUCGCGGUCGGGGGAGCCGCGGCCGCGGCCGCUGCCGGUGCGCCCGAGGCCGGCUUCGGAGGCCGCCCCGCCGCGCCGCGUGGAGGGGCGGCGGGCCGCACUCUCCCGCCACCCGGGGGCCCCGGUUCCGCCGCCGGGCCCGCCCGGGGACCACCCGGAGCGGCCCUGGGACUCGCCGCUGCAGGAGGUGCUGGCGGAGCUGAACGGCAUCCCCAGCAGCCGGAGGCGCGCCGCCCGCCUCUUCGAGUGGCUCCUGGCGCCCAUGCCUCCGGACCACUUCUACCGGCGCCUGUGGGAGCGGGAGGCGGUGCUGGUGCGGCGGCAGGACCAGGGCUACUACGAGGGCCUCUUCUCCACGGCCGACCUGGACUCGAUGCUGCGCUCCGAGGACGUGCACUUCGGGCAGCACCUGGACGCCGCGCGCUACAUCGACGGGAGGCGGGAGACCUUGAACCCACCGGGCCGCGCUCUUCCCGCCGCCGCCUGGUCCCUGUACCGGGCCGGCUGCUCCUUGCGCCUUCUCUGCCCUCAGGCUUUCUCCCCCACCGUGUGGCAGUUUUUGGCUGUGCUCCAGGAACAGUUUGGAAGCAUGGCAGGCUCCAACGUUUACCUCACGCCCCCCAACUCACAGGGCUUUGCUCCCCACUACGACGACAUCGAGGCUUUCGUGUUGCAGCUGGAAGGUCGCAAACUCUGGCGAGUCUACCGACCGCGGGACCCAAGUGAGGAGCUCGCCCUGACAUCUAGCCCCAACUUCAGCCAGGAGGACCUUGGUGAGCCGGUGUUACAGACGGUGCUGGAACCUGGAGACCUGCUGUAUUUUCCUCGGGGCUUCAUUCAUCAAGCUGAAUGUCAGGAUGGAGUCCACUCUCUGCACCUCACCUUGUCCACCUACCAGCGCAAUACUUGGGGUGACUUCCUGGAGGCCGUACUGCCCUUGGCAGUGCAAGCAGCAAUAGAAGAAAAUGUGGAGUUUCGCAGGGGUCUGCCUCGAGACUUCAUGGAUUACAUGGGGGCCCAGCAUUCAGACUCGAAGGAUCCGAGAAGAACAGCUUUCAUGGAAAAGGUGCGGGUCUUGGUUGCUCGCCUGGGACACUUCGCGCCUGUUGAUGCUGUGGCUGACCAGAGAGCCAAAGACUUCAUCCACGAUUCCCUGCCCCCUGUGUUGACCGAUAGGGAAAGGGCACUGAGUGUCCAUGGGCUCCCGAUUCGCUGGGAGGCUGGAGAACCUGUAAAUGUGGGGGCCCAGUUGACAACAGAAACAGAAGUCCAUAUGCUUCAGGACGGCAUAGCUCGGCUGGUGGGCGAGGGCGGCAGUUUGUUCCUCUAUUACACGGUGGAAAACUCUCGUGUUUAUCAUCUGGAGGAACCCAAGUGCCUGGAAAUCUGCCCUCAGCAGGCUGAUGCCAUGGAACUCUUGCUUCGCUCCUACCCAGAGUUUGUGAGAGUAGGGGAUCUACCCUGUGACAGUGUGGAAGACCAGCUUUCCUUGGCAACCAUGUUGUAUGAUAAGGGGCUGCUGCUCACCAAGACGCCUCUGGUUCUGAGUUAGUUUCUUGAGGAUGGCUGCAGAGGGUGCAGUCGUGAUGCUCCACUACCACUGCCACCGUUUUUUUUUUUUUUUCCCCUUAAAAGAAGUCAUGUUCUUACCUUGCUAAGCGUCAGUGUGGUUAUGUUUACCUUUAUGGCUGUUUCAAUGUCACAGAGCUCAGACUUUCUUCUGGGAGGAAUCUCUUCAUCUAGGUACAAAAGGAAACAGAAAUUGGAGCAGAGGAGGUUAAGCUAUUUCUGCAGAAGUAACAAUCCCUAUCAUUUGAGAGCACCAGCUGCAUUCCCUGCAGGCUUCAGUGUAUGGUAUGGUAUGGCCUUGGCCGUGCCAUUCUGCUUGAGACAUGAGGGAUUUUUAUAUGGAAGUUGCUUCUUUGUGUUUUUUCUUCAGUUUGUGCUUCGGGAUGGGCAGUUGGAUGAAACUUCCCCAAAUCUGGCAAGUGCCUAUUCUCACGAUUGGUGGAAGAGAGCCUGGUGCACCAGAAAGAGCACUUGGAACCAGAAGACCCGGGUUUGGGGUGGUGGCUGGUAGGCAACCGGCCGAAUGACCUGAGGCUGCUGCUUACAGAUUUUCUGCUGGAUAAAUGUUGAAUACACGGAUAACUUAAAACUCCCUGGAAGAAGAGAAGUAACACAGGAACUAUGGGAGCUGUGACGAUCUACUUAUGGAAGGAUUUUCUGUUACCCACUUAGCCUGGAAAGGCAGAGCAUAUUCAGUGGUCAAGGAUUGGAGCGUUGGCAGUCCGGGAGGUCAUGGCAGAAAGCAUCGGUUCAG